CUGGGGUGUGGUCAGAUGACACUAACCUGGCUGGUGUGUUUUUCAACCUCUGCUCUGAUUCUUCACUCAACCUAACAAAAAUACUAGUACGGUAUUGACUUUUUUAUUCAACAAUGGAAUGAAGUUGAUUCUUCAGUGAGGACUAUUUCGUGGUAGGGAAAAUCUUGUUCUUAAAACGAAGGUGUUUGCGGUUACUUUGGUACAGUGUGUUAACCUCGUCUGACCACUUUACCGGAUCAUUAUCACGUGUGUGUCGUAAGUUUUCGGUCUCACUAAACCAUGGACCGUCUGAAGUUAGUUCUGCAGUAUUUUCAGUCCAAUUCCGAGUCCAUAUCAAAUGGAAUCUGUAUUGUACUGGCCCUGAUCAGUGUGAAGCUCUACACCAGCUUUGACUUCAACUGCCCCUGUAUUCCACAAUACAACAAACUCUACGCACUGGGGGUGAUGUUUGUCCCGCCUUUAAUAUUCUUCUUCCUGGGAAUCUUGGUCAAUCGACACACAGGGGUCAUGAUGGAAGAAUGGUUGAGACCCAUUGGGAAGAGAAGCAAAAAUCCUGCCAUUGUCAAGUACAUGUUCUCUGCCAUGAUGCAGAGGGCCCUACUGGCACCCAUGGUGUGGAUUCUGGUCACUCUGCUGGAUGGGAAGAUCUUCAUCUGUGCUUUCAGCAUGAGUGUAGACCCCAAGCCUUUCUCAGGCAUGCCCAACAAUACUGGCCUUGACCUGAUCAAGCUCAUGGCCAAGGUGCCCUGCAAGGAGGAUAUGAUCUUCAGGAACAGCACAUUUCGUAAAGCUGUUUCACGCUACGUGCGCUGCUACUCCCAAGCGAUUGGCUGGUCUAUCCUCCUCUUCUUCAUUCUCUUGGGUGCGCUGGGCCGUCUCAUCAAGCCCUGUUUCGACGACCACGCCACCAACCUCCAGACGCGCUACUGGAGCAACUACCUGGACAUCGAGCAGAAGCUCUUCGAUGAGACCUGCGUGCUUCACUGCCGCGAUUUUGCCCGCAAGUGCGUUGUGCAGUUCUUCGAGGGCAUGCGGGAAGACGCAGUACUCAGACUGCCUCUCUCACCCGAAGUCAGGUACAGGGGGGAAGAAGACAUGGUGGAUGAAGAGGAGGAGAGACUCCAUGGGAUCACCAAGCAGGAACAGAUGGAUCAACUGCUUCAAACAUGGUUCCAGUGUAAACCUGAGCUGGAUGUCACUAGGAUGGCCUACAGACCUAGGGUGUGUGUCACCUGGGAGGACCACAAUGGACAAACCCUCUACUCAGAUGUUUAGAUGUGUGUGCGCACAAUAGUAUAAGAAUCUAUAAGCUACAAACAAUACAUUCAACAUGAUUAUGUCGAAAAUACUUUUAGAGAGCGGACCUUAGAAAUCUUGUUCCUCAGAAUAUUUGAAUAUGCUGGGAUUUAGACUAGCUAGUUUUGCAUAGUUAAUUUUACAUACUCCAUGAAUACAAGACAUGCAAAUUACAGAUGGACUGACAAAUAGUCCCUAGUGGUGCCUGAUUCAUCUAAUCACAACAAAUAACUAAUUCAAAGGUUACUACUAUGUAAUUAUAAUUUUACCAUAUAUAUAUAUAUAUUAGAGAAUCCCUGGUAAUUUCUGUACCAUAACAUAAAGUGCCAAUAAAUAUUAUUAUUGUA